CAAUAUAUAGGUAUCGUUGUGGUUGUAAUGGGGGGCUCGGGGCUUUUAAAUGUGCAUAUGGGCUGUGACCUGCCAGGAAGAGUCUGGAGUUGACAGAACUUUCUAGAAGGGAAAGCACAGGUGCUCCACCAGAGCCCCCCACAGGCCGAUCACGUGACACACCAGAGGAGACGCAGAAGAAGAAAAAGUGAACAGCGCGUGAGUGGCCGACUCAUUCACACAUGACGGACUCCGAGAGAGCUGGUCUGGAGACCAAGGUGAAGGCCAUGACCUUCCACUCUCAAAAAGAGAUGUUUGAGAAGAUGGAGGAAUCUUUUCAAAGCUGUGCCUGUUGCGAGAAGCGUCCAAAUCAACUUUCAAAGUGCCAGAGCCUGAAGCGUUGUACCAGAUGUCUAAAUGUUUACUACUGCGGUAAAGACUGUCAGAAGGCGGAUUGGCCCAAACACAAGAAGUUCUGCCCACAGCUGCGUCUGGCUGCCAUCGACAGAGUCGUGGAAUGGCUUUUAUUCAAAGGAUACCUUCCAUUCCCUACAGAGAAGUGGUCAAAGCCCCAGUCAGAAGUUAAAGGCUGGGAUGACUGGCUCGCAAUGCAGGGAGAUCUAACCGCUCGCCUCAACCCCAUUUUGAAAGGAGCAAACAUGAAAGACUUGUGGACCGACGCUGGCAGGUCUCCGCCUGCCGAUGAGGACCUGAAGUGGUCAAUGUGGAGGGUUUGCAGCGAGUUCUUCUCCAGGCCGCUGACCAUAGCAUGGGCGAUGAGACUGUUGGGCCUCGACCCGUAUUCCAAACCUCUCACCAUUCACCUGGUGGGGGCUGGCCACAGUGAGACUCUGGCCGCCCGUCUGACAGACUACGAUGAGCUGAACAACAUGUUCCCCGGGCACCAGGGUAUCGGGAUAGUCAUGGUGGGACCAGAGGUGGUGGACGGCCCCAUCAUGAGGCCUCCUCUCAGUGGGGCUAGCCCCAAGCACAGAGUCUACAUCAGCGCCCACAAGGGCCUCUAUCACCAGUUCUGGGAAGACGUGGUGGAGAAAGAGGAAGCAGCCCAGCCAGACCUGGUGGUUGGAUUUCAUCCAGGAUUUGAUGCCAGUCAGGGCCUGGACCAGGGCUGGCUUCCAACACUUCUGCUCCUCCGGGAUUACCAGAUUCCUUCCCUUUUCACUGCUCUCAGUGAGACAGAGAUGACCUACUCCCUGCAGAUCCUGUUGGAGUUGGAGAUGGACAUGAAGGGAAGCGGAGCCAGUCCCUUCGCCUCGCUGAAACCAGAAGUGGUGGGCUCGAGUCCCAACAAGCCUGCGGUCUACUGCAACUCCCACUACUUCUGUUUUCAUGGUAUACUGGAGACUGUGGAAUUUGAGGAGGUCUGAGUGAGCCAAGAGCUGCAGUGCACACUCUGUUGUCUUUGUUUGUAUAUGCCUAUUUUUACUUAAUUUUUACUUUAAGCAUAUUCUUGUACAUUAGUAGCAUUUUACGUUGGUAACAGCUAUAAGUGUUUACUGUGACAUUUGCAUUCACUAUCUCAGUUUCAUGGCAUGCCAGAGAGGUGAGAUUUGGAUAAACUGUAGAGAGGAAAUGCACAUGUUUAAAUACGGGUGAGACUGCUUUGUCCACAGCUUGGACAUCAUUUCAAAAUGCAUUAUACGCCUCUAUUUCUCAAAAAUAAAUAAUUCACUAUUAUCUGUCAACAACUUCUGAGAAUUAAGUAUGCAUUAAUACUAAAAAAAUGACAUCGCCAAAACAAACAAAAGCAAUGCCACCUUCUGAAUGCAGGAUUAAUGUUAUAUGUUUAAUGUGAUUUUAAACUGCUAUUUCACAUGAGU